AAAAGUCAAAAUAAGAGUCGGAAAAAACAGCACAAAGCGAAGAAGAAGGAGAAGAAGUAGAAAGGACUUACCUAAUUGGUGGUUACUGCGUCGACAUAAUCAGUCAAGCUUGCAGAGAUUAUGGGGGAGAGAGUGGUGGACUGGUCGGAUUUUCCAAAGGAACUAUGGUCACCGAUCGGCAAAAGCCUCGACACCGGCAUCGAUGUUCUCCGAUUUCGCAGCGUCUGUAGCUCAUGGCGUGCCUCUAUCCCUCCCUCUCACCCCAGCUCUCCUCGCUUCCCUCUUCAAUUCCCUCACCCUUACGAUGCCUUUCCAACUUAUAUCUGCCAGAGUACUAUAUACUGUAUUCAACCGCUAGAUUCUUCUUCAACUUCAACUGCUGCAACUUCUUCGCAUAUUAAGGGCGACUUGAUCAAGGUUCAGGAGUCGGCUUCAGGCAAGUUGCGUCUUCUAGAGCCACUCGCCAGCUGUGCUAUCCAUUCGUAUCCUCGUAGUGCAAAGACUUUAAAUUUGCUCAACUUUCGGAUCGUCGAGAUAACUAAAGCGUACACGCUUCGAUUUGGUUCUGUCGGACGCGCCAUGGUCGAAGACGAAAGAAGAGAUAUCCUCAGUUACAGAUCUGUUCCUGGCGUGAAUAAAGUAGUGAUGUUCCCCAACUCCGCAUGGACUAAUGCAGAAGGGUGUGCAAUUUUUGUGAUUUUUCUCGAUGGGAAGUUGGGCUUUGCAAAAUAUGGGGAGGACAAGCUGACCCUUGUUGAUGAUCAAACAUCUGACUACGAUGAUAUAAUUGUUUAUAAGGGCCAAUUCUAUGUUGUGGAUAGAUUGGGAGUAGUCUUUUGGAUUGAAUGCUCGUCUCUGAAGUUGGUACAGUUCUCACCUCCGCUUUGUGGAUUGGGUAGCCGGAAGCAUUUGGUGGAGUCAUGUGGAGCUCUUUACGUUGUUGACGAAUACUUAGACAGGGAACGAGGUAGAAUGGAGGGUAAUAGAUCUUAUUUUAACAGGCGACGGGAACUUCACAAUACAAUUGAUUUCAAAGUGUACAAGUUGGAUGAAGAGUGGGGUCAAUGGGUUUUGGUGAAAUGCUUGGGCGACAGAGCAUUUAUUCUGGGUAGUGAUUGUAAUUUCUCUGUUUCAGCUCAAGAAUUUGUUGGAUGUAAACGGAAUCGCAUCUACUUCAUGGAGCUUGAAGAAAGUCGUGCUUUCAAUCUAGAGGAUCACCGCAUUUGUGAUUUAGCAUUUUCCCCAGAUCCCCCAAGUUGGCUUUACGCUACUAAUCCAUUAAUGUAAGUAGGUAUGAAGCUGUGUGUGUAACGUCUGCUCUGGAUUAAUUUACUUGCACUGCUGUAAUGUUCUUCUUGGACUCCCCCUUCUACGAGGGAUCGCAUUUUCUUUUCCCUUCUUCAUGAGGAUAUAUAUAUAUAUAAAUGAUCCUAUCCUUCAACUCCAUA